GAGAGGGAGGAAGCAGAGGGAGAUCACUCGGUCCAGCACUCAGCAGCAUCAUGGCACCUAUCGGAUUAAAGGCGGUGGUCGGCGAAAAGAUUAUGAACGAUGUAAUCAAGAAGGUGAAGAAGAAGGGAGAAUGGAAGGCGCUGAUUGUGGACCAGUUGAGCAUGAGGAUGUUGUCGUCCUGCUGCAAGAUGACAGACAUCAUGACAGAGGGCAUCACCAUCGUGGAGGACAUCAACAAGCGGCGAGAGCCUCUUCCCAGCCUGGAAGCCAUUUACCUGAUUACACCCACAGAGAAGUCUGUCCACACCCUCAUCGGAGACUUCAAAGACCCUCAUUCAGCUAAAUACAAGGCAGCCCACGUUUUCUUCACCGACUCCUGCCCUGAUCCUCUGUUCAACGAGCUGGUGAAGAGCCGCGCUUCCAAAACCAUAAAGACUCUGACGGAGAUCAACAUCGCAUUCUUGCCCUACGAGUCUCAGGUGUACUCUCUGGACAAUCCAGAUGCCUUCCACAGUUUCUACAGCCCCCACAAGACCCAGCUGAAGAACCCGGUGAUGGAGAGGCUGGCUGAGCAGCUGGCCACGCUCUGCGCCACCCUGAAGGAGUACCCUGCCGUCAGAUACCGAGGGGAGUACAAGGACAACGCCACCCUGGCCCAGCUGGUUCAAGACAAACUGGACGCCUACAAGGCUGACGACCCCACCAUGGGAGAGGGUCCAGAUAAGGCUCGCUCACAGCUGAUCAUCCUGGACAGGGCGUUUGACCCCGUCUCACCUGUCCUGCAUGAGCUCACCUUCCAGGCCAUGGGCUAUGACCUGCUGCCCAUCGAAAACGACGUCUACAAGUAUGAGACCAGUGGCAUCGGAGACUCUCGUGAGAAGGAAGUGCUUCUGCAUGAAGACGAUGACCUGUGGGUGAGCCUGAGACACAAACACAUAGCUGAGGUGUCCCAGGAAGUGACACGCCAGCUGAAGGACUUUUCCUCCAGCAAGAGGAUGAACACUGGAGAGAAGACCACAAUGAGGGAUCUGUCCCAGAUGCUGAAGAAGAUGCCUCAGUACCAGAAGGAGCUCAGCAAGUACUCCACUCACCUGCAGCUGGCUGAGGACUGCAUGAAGCAUUACCAGGGAACAGUGGACAAGCUGUGCCGUGUGGAACAGGAUUUGGCAAUGGGAACAGACGCUGAGGGAGAGAAGAUCAAAGACCCCAUGAGGGCUAUUGUGCCCAUCCUGCUGGACGCCAACGUCAGCACAUAUGACAAGAUCCGCAUCAUCCUGCUCUACAUUUUCCUCAAGAACGGUAUUACAGAGGAGAAUCUGAACAAGCUGAUCCAGCAUGCUCAGAUCCCACCUGAGGACAGUGAGAUCAUCACCAACAUGGCUCACCUGGGCGUCCCCAUCAUCACAGAUUCCACCCUCCGCCGAGGAAAGAAGCUGGACAGGAAGGAGCGUGUGAGCGAGCAGACCUACCAGCUGUCCCGCUGGACACCACUGGUCAAGGACAUCAUGGAGGAUGCUAUUGAUGAUAAGCUGGACACCAAACACUACCCCUACAUCUCCACCCGCUCCUCUGCCUCCUUCAGCACCACUGCAGUCAG